CCUCGUCACAGAGCUAGCUAGCAAGUCAGCAGCAGCAAGCAAACACACAGCGUUCGUGAGCUCUUCCGAGCUUGCAUUGGUGUAAGCAAGGAUGGCGAAAGACAUCGAGGCCGCGGCGGCGCCGGAGGGCGGCGAGUACACGGCCAAGGACUACAGCGACCCCCCGCCGGCGCCGCUGAUCGACGCGGAGGAGCUGACCAAGUGGUCGCUGUACCGCGCGGUGAUCGCCGAGUUCGUGGCGACGCUGCUCUUCCUCUACAUCACUGUCGCCACGGUGAUCGGGUACAAGCACCAGACGGACGCGGCGGCGUCGGGCCCCGAUGCCGCGUGCGGCGGCGUGGGGAUCCUCGGCAUCGCCUGGGCGUUCGGCGGCAUGAUCUUCAUCCUCGUCUACUGCACCGCGGGGGUGUCGGGGGGCCACAUCAACCCGGCCGUCACGCUGGGCCUCUUCCUGGCGCGCAAGGUGUCGCUGGUGCGCGCGCUGCUCUACAUCGUGGCGCAGUGCCUCGGCGCCAUCUGCGGCGUGGGGCUCGUCAAGGGGUUCCAGAGCGCAUACUACGUGCGAUACGGCGGGGGAGCCAACGAGCUCAGCGACGGCUACUCCAAGGGCACCGGGCUCGCCGCCGAGAUCAUCGGCACCUUCGUGCUCGUCUACACCGUCUUCUCCGCCACCGACCCCAAGCGCAACGCCCGCGACUCCCACGUCCCAGUGCUUGCUCCUCUUCCCAUCGGGUUCGCCGUGUUCAUGGUCCACCUGGCCACGAUCCCCAUCACCGGCACCGGCAUCAACCCCGCCAGGAGCUUGGGCGCCGCCGUGAUCUACAACAACGACAAGGCCUGGGAUGACCACUGGAUCUUCUGGGUGGGCCCAUUCAUCGGCGCCGCCAUCGCCGCCGCCUACCACCAGUACGUGCUGAGGGCCAGCGCCUCCAAGCUCGGCUCGUCCGCCUCCUUCAGCCGCUAGAUCGACAGCCUCUCCCGCCGGACAACCGGAGGCGUGAACUGUAGAUAUAUCAGCGGCCGGCCUCCCCCACUGCAAAUCUCCUGAAUGCUACGUGUGCAUCGUUGGUAGCUUCCCUGCUAGUGGGAUCAUGCAUGCUUAAUUAUGAUCUGCGUGCCUCCUGUAUUUUCCGAGUCCACUGCGUCUGAUUACCUUUUUUUCUUCUUCCAAACUAGUGUGAUUGUGCUGUUUUACAUAUCAGUGUACGUAAGACAACUUGAAAAAUGAAAAAGAAAAAGGAAGAAGUGUGUGAUGUAAGUUUUAUGAAGUGCUUGAAUGCUUUUGGUUAUAUUUAA